UCUCCACUUCCGGCCGCCGCCAUGCCGGGCCGCAUCUCGGUGUUCCCGUCCCCUCAGGAGCUGGGCUCGGCCCUGGCGCAGCUCGUUGUGCAGCGGGCGGCCGGGAGCGGCGGCCGCUUCUCUCUGGGGCUGUCCGGAGGCAGCCUGGUGGGGCUCCUGGCCCGGGAGCUGCCCUCAGCCGCCUCCACCGGAGCCGCUAACGGGGCGGGCCCGUGGCUCUUGGCCUUCUGCGACGAGCGCCUGGUGCCUCCCGAGCACCCGGAGAGCACCUUCGGGGCGUACCGGGCUCAGCUGCUGCCGCGGCUCCAGGCGCCAGAACCGACGGUCCUCGCUGUCGCUCCCGGGCUCUCUCCGAACGCUGCGGCCGCGGAUUACGCCGAGAGGCUGCGAGAGGUACCGGGGGACGAGGGGGAGGGGAGGGCAGGGGAGGAGGCAAGGGGGGGGAGAGGGGCUUCACGAGGAGGCGGGACCCCCCCCCUUCUUCCUUCCCUAUGUGAGGAGCUGGGAUCCCCUCCCUAUCGAGGUGGGAUUCCCCUUUUCUACCUUCCCCAUGCACGGUGCUGGGACUCCCACCCUUUUCACACUUAA